UUUGACGUUGGUUAUAAAAAAGCACUGUGCAAUUGUAAAUGAGAGAAUACGGAUAUUCUUCCUAGUCUGAAAAGCUAUUGAUCAACUAAAUUAUCCUGAAAACAGGAAGCAUAUACAUUUUUUAACUAAAAGUUUAAAGCACAUUGAUCAAUAAGCAGGUAAUCAAUAUACAACUGUGAGUGAGAAAAUGGUCUUAUGCAAGGAAUACCGCAUUUGCAUGCCGCUCACAGUGGAAGAGUAUCGCAUUGGACAGCUGUAUAUGAUUGCUCGCCACAGCUUGGAACAAUCUGGUGAUGGUGAAGGAGUUGAAGUUGUGGAGAGUUAUGAAUUCGAAGAUCCCGUGCAUGGCAAGGGACAUUAUACAGAAAAACGCAUAUAUCUAUCAAGUCGUUUACCAUAUUGGAUACAAGCCGUCUGUCCGCGUGUAUUUUACGUCGUAGAAAAGUCCUGGAAUUACUACCCUUUCACAAUAACAGAAUAUACCUGCUCCUUCGUGCCCAAAUUAGGCAUAACAAUCAAAACUAGAUACGAGAAUAAUAAUGGGUGCUCAGAAAACUGUCUGGGACUUAGCGAAGAGGAAUUACAGACACGCUUAUUGGAGGAAGUAGACAUUGCAUUUGAUGAGCUUUCCAAUCAGAAUCUUUAUAAAAAAGAGGAGGAUCCCAAAUUUUUCAAAUCUGAGAAAACAGGUCGCGGUCCUCUCAUCGAGGGUUGGAGAAGCAUGGAUGAUCCCAUUAUGUGUUCCUACAAACUGGUAAAUGCUUCCUUCGAAGUUUGGGGUUUACAAACCAAGGUAGAAGAUUUUAUACAACGUAGCAUACGCGACGUUCUGUUGUUGGGUCAUAGACAAGCAUUUACAUGGAUUGACGAGUGGUAUGGCAUGACUUUGGCCGAUGUGCGUGCAUUUGAAAGACAAAAGCAAGCUGAAACAAAUGAAAAAUUAAAAGCAACUGACGAUAAUUGAUAUGCGAAAUCAACAAGUGUCGAUACUAAUGUGGUUUAGUUUCCUAGGAAAGCGCUUAAAACAAAACAAACUAGAGUUUAAGGAGUAAAAACAGAAGGAAGUGUAAACAUUUAGGACGGUUAAUAUAACCUUUGAAUUAUCACAAGAUAAUACUAGUUCUCAGAAGAAAAUGUUAUGGCUUACUGAAAAUGUUAAAAAGCGAAUGCUUGCUUAAAGAGCUCGAAGAAAUAGAUAAAACAUAUAAUUACUCAGGAAAUUAAUGUUCUAAAUUACGAACAACGCGCAUUUAGCGUUUUCACAAAAGAUUGAUGAUAACUUCCACAUUGAUUAUUUUAAGUAAAAAUUCGUUAUUAAAUUACACAUAAAAUCAGAUAACAACAUAUUUCACUACUGUCACACAUGCAUUUAACUUGGCAACAUUUUUCUUUCAUGCAAAAAAUAUUAGUUUCGAAAGUGAAAAAUGCUUGUUCGAGUUAUUUUUACUCUUGAAAUACAUACAUUUUCCCCAACUACGAAA